UGAUAAAACUGUUGUGGUUUAGUUUACUUCCUGUUCUAUGUGUACUAUUUAUGUACGUGUGUUCUCAAUGUUUUUAGUCUCUAUUAAACUGUCAACUGUAAACCAGUACUGAGUUGGUAACUUAGCGGUGAGUCCAGACCUAGCUAAGUUACGACAAAAACAGUAAUAAUUGAUGGCAACGAGGGAUCCGUUCGUUUGGGAGAACUUUCCUCCAAUUUUACUUGACGGUGUGAAGUGUAAAAUGUGCCCACCAUAUCUCUGAAGAAGCAUCUCACAUCUUCAGUUGUGGAAGCUCUUGAAUGCUUGAUAUCAAAGCAAUUUGGCCUGGAAUGUCAUUAAUUAAAAGGUCAUAAUAAGUGAAAGUUCGGACAUCCUUCCUGUCGUAUCUUAGCCUCGAACCCAGGCCGAUUAAAAUACGGCCUGGUCUCGAGGCUAGUCGUAUGUCAAUCAAUCUUCACUGACAAGUUAAUGAUCUUUACCUAUGCAAAUUAACAAUGACAACUUUGCGCAUGCGUUUCACACUCGGGAAGAAUGUGUACGUAAAACAAAAGUAAUGCAGCUGCUUAAUCUUGAGCUGGGAUGCCUUGUGUUAGCUUUUCAGUGCGGUUCGGUGUUACUGGCUCCAUUGUAUAUAGCCACUUUCUUCCAAAACUGGCAAGAGAACAGUACAAGAUGGGAUCAACAAACGGCAAUGUUGACUCGUGCUGCUCUGAUCGCUGUGAACCACAUCAACAACAGACAUGAUCUGCUACCCGGAUACAAGCUCUCUCUGAUACAAGGUGAUUCUGGUUGCCUCUUCACUGAUAGAGCUAUUGUUAGCUAUGUGCAGAAUGUUGUCUACCCUAGGCCUAGAGAAGACCUCAUUGCAGGCAUGGUGGGUCCACUUUGUUCAGAUUCUGUUCGAAUUCUCUCCUCUCUUGUCAAUAGACAAGAAAUGUCUAUUCCACAGAUCCAUCUAUCUAUGUUAUCGACAUUUCAUAACAGGGAUAUGUAUGCUAACUCGUUUGGAAUACUCGGUUCAAUAAUUCUCCUAAUUGAUAGUGUCACAUCAUUAGUUGAUACACAAAACUGGUAUACUUUACUCCUUUAUGAAGAUGAAAACAAAUCAUUUCAGGAAGCUAUUGAACAACUUGAUACAAGCAUGUUUACUUCUGAAAGAGUGAGAGAAGGGUUUGUACGUUUGGAUCCCCUGAGGAGCAGAGUUGUGAUCAUAUUGGCUGGGGGACCUCUAGUGUGUGAAAUACUUCGUGAAGCUGUCAAGAACAAAAUGGUGUACCCAGCGUUCCAAUGGAUUGUUAUGGGGUUGGAAUAUGAACAGUUGCUUCUCUCCGAUGGGUGUUUUGUUGGUGAUGUUUUGGACAAGUUGCUAUUUGUAACUUUCAAUGUUGACACAGCUUUCAAAACAGAUACAGAUGCAUGUGGUGAUGAUGAGGAUUUAAAAGAGAUUCGAAAAACACGUAAUAACAACUUUAGCCACGUUUCACUUGUAUACGAUUCAAUAUGGGCCUUAGCAUUUGCAUCUAAUUUAAGUUUACCUCUCCAUGACAACAGUACACGUGGUAACGAGCACUUAACGUCAUUAGUUACUUCAAAUCUUGCAGAGAAAACAUUUAAAGGUAUCUCAGGCUUUAUCAGUUUUGAUAGUUCUACAGGCUACAAUAAACGAAGAGUUGAUAUCAAUCAAAUUUCUAAUGAAACAGUGAAACUGAUUGGAUACUUUUCCGGUGGAUCCCUCACACUCAUCAACAACUCAGAGCUUAUCAAUACCUCAAAAGGAACACAACUUGAAAGCGUACGAGUUGAAGUGGCCGUGCUGCUUACCUUAGCAACAGUCGUGCAGUUAUUCAUUAUCAUUACUCUUCACAUCCUAACAGUGGUUUACAGAAAGCAUACAAGUAUUCGAGCAUCUAAUCCCAAGCUGAGUCACUGCAUUUUCAUUGGUUGCUACGUACUUGUGACUACUUUAAUAUUAUUUCUAUGGCCGUUGAAAACAAUAGUCAUGCUGAAGGGCAAAGUUGAAUUCUGUGAGAUUUUCAAUUUUUGGUUGUUCCCGAUUGGUAUCACUCUCAUAUUUGCACCACUCAUUGCUCACAUAUGGAGAUUGUAUAGGAUAUUCACACACUUCAGAAAUCCAGGGUGCUGCAUAUCGAACAGUGCACUGUGCCUCAUCAUUGCAGUGCAGAUUGCUGUGGACCUGACCAUCGCUAUACUGGGAACUACACUGACCCCAACCUUCAUCACGCGCACUAAUACUGGUAGGAUUAGCACUGAAGGAAAGGUCAUCAUGUCUACAAUGUGUAAACAAAACUCUCCCGUGUUGUUGUUGCUAAUGUGGGUGUACAAGUUUAUUCAAGCAUCAACAUUGCUUGGGCUCAGUUGCCUAACUAAGAAUAUAAAACUGAAUCGAAAUUUUACAACCACUCGAUUUAAGUUUGCCAGCUAUCUUAUGAUUGUUGCUACCUCUGUGCUUUUGCCUUUGUAUUUAAUCUUGUGGAUCACCAAUGCAGACAUACAUGGAGACGUUGUGGUCAUGUGUAUUCUUGCGAAUUGCUUCUUCUUAUUAUGUAUUCUGUUUAUCUUAUUGCCACCAAUUGCAGAAGUGUUCAAAGCAAAAAAGAGAGCAAACAAUUAUUCAAGUGGUGUGUUAUUAUAAGCCAUAUUAAUUUAA